AUGGAGAACCGCACAAGCAAUACGGGAUUGGCAGGAAAUCUGCAUACUGCAUUUGUUAAUCGAUUCAAUGCCAUUUAUCAAAACCAAGCAAUGAAAGCAGCAAUAUUCCUCGAUCCACGCUAUCGGGGCAGUCUGGUUCGUGAUCAACUUUCUGUUGAAACCGCCAAAGAAUUCAUGAAAGAAAUGCACCAACGUCUGGGCUACCUGAGAGAAGCCGAUAAGCAAACCGUUCGCCAAACAAACGAUGAAAAUUCAGGCGAUGAUUUCGACAUUGAACUCGCGAUGAAUGAAUAUUUCCAACGUGAUGCAGGUUCUUCAAAUUCGAAUCACCUAAGCGAUAUUGAAGCUGCAAUUGAUGCAUUUGACCCUCCACACAUGCAAAUAAAGGAGAAUCUGUUUGAUUAUUGGGGUGGUGAAGGCACCGGUGAUAAUGAUCUGCAUGCAAUCGCAAUGGCGAUUUAUGCCAUUCCACCAACAGAGACGCAAACUGAACGUAAUUUUUCGGAUUUAAAGCGGAUUCUAUCCGACUUUCGUGGAAAUUUAUCGCGCCAAACUCUUGAAAAUAUCCUAACAUGUCAUCUGAAUAAAGAUUUGUAUUUGGAUGUUAUUGACAAGCAAUUAAAAAUUAUCCGAAAAAAAUAA